GUCUUUGAAUGUGGAUCAACAACAAGCGUUUGAUGUCGUUUUGAAAGGUCAUAAUGCUUUUGUGACUGGCAAAGCUGGCGCAGGGAAAACGUUUUUGUUGUCACAUAUUUAUGACUUUCUUAAAGCGAGCAAAAAAAUUUUUGUCACAUGCACUACAGGAAUUGCGUGCAAGAAUCUUCCAAGUUACUUUCAACCAACAACAUUACAUUCAUUCGCCGGCAUUAAAGAAUGCAGAAGUUCAUCUUACACGCUACUAGAGCAAGUAAAACGUAACAGCGACGCUAUUGAACGAUGGAAAAAUGUUGAUGUCCAGAUUAUUGACGAGGUUUCUAUGUUGAGCAAGAAGGUAUUUGACUCAAUUGAAUUUAUAGGAAGAAAAUUACGAGAAAACACGUAUCAUUUUGGUGGAAUUCAGCUCAUAGCAUCUGGAGAAUUUUACCAGCUCCCUCCGGUACCAAACCCAAUGAAUGACGACGCAGGAGGUUUUGCUUUUACGAGUUGCGUGUGGGACAAAGUAUUCCCUCAUAAUUUUAUUAUGGAUAAAAUAGAGAGACAGCAUGAUGACGAAUUUAUUUCAUUUCUAAAUGAAAUAAGAAUUGGUCGCUGCAGCUCUAAAAGCAGAGAAUUUGCAAAAACAAUGGCAAGGCCUGUUGAUCCAAAAAGCUUUGGGGUAGACCAUGUUGUUAGAAUAUAUCAACUCAAUGACGAUGUUGAUUAUUAUAACUUUGAGAAAUUGGAAACUCUUCCUGGUGAAAU